AUGAUUAAACUGUUCUCCGUCAAGGAAAAGCAAGAGAAGGCGGCGAUGGAGCGUGAGGCGAACGGUGGACACGCGUCGAGACAGUCCAGUGGGGAGGUUCGCGUCGCGAAGGACAUCUCGGAGCUGGCGCUGCCGCGAUCGAUGUCCAUCGCGUUCCCGAACGGACGGGAUGAUUUGUUGAAUUUUAUCAUCACCGUGAAGCCGGACGAGGGGUACUACCGAGGCGGGAUGUUUGAGUUUUCGUUCGCGGUGCCGACGAUGUACCCGCACGAACCGCCGAAGGUGCGAUGCGAGCGCAAGGUGUAUCACCCCAACAUCGAUCUCGAGGGUAACGUGUGCCUGAACAUCUUGCGAGAGGAUUGGAAGCCGGUGUUGUCCAUCUCUAGCGUCGUCUUCGGUCUGUCGCUGCUCUUCAGCGAACCGAAUCCGGACGAUCCUUUGAACAAGGACGCGGCGGAGGACCUCGCGCGGACGCCGAAAAAUUUUGAGCUCAACGUCCGACGUGCCAUGCAGGGCGGAUACGUCGGUCAGCACCGCUUCUCGCAGUGUUUACGAUGA